UUUGGCAAACUAUAGAAUUAACAUGAGUUACCAAUGUGACGUCUUAUGUUGGAGUACUUUGAUUGAACAUUGGACGAAUAUUAAUGCGUCUCCGAUCCCAACCGACAGUUAAAGUUGGUGUGACGGUGCCAAUAUUUAAUCUAACUGUUUUUUAAUAUUUAAUUAACUUUUUUUUUAAACUCCGAGAUGUGGACUUUUUUGGGAUUAGCCAGCUUCACGUAUAUAUACAAAAAGUCCGGAGCUGUUUGGACACUGGCUCAGAGAGAGCUUAUGACAGUCCUCGUCUUAUGCCUGUCAGUGGGACUGCUGUUGUCUUAUUUCCGAUAUUUUCACGGUCACAAGCUCAGAGUAUCUCGGGUGUUAAGUUUACCUCUGAGUCUCUUGUCCCUCUUGCCUAUCGUCAACCUUCUCAACCCACAGAGAAGUCAGAAUGCAGACAAAACGUGUCGAAAGAGCCCAAGAAGAAGGAAACAAGUGGCUAGUGUAUCUUCCACAUCCACCUCACAAAUUGGCUGCUCCGCGGGGCUCCUGGCAGAUGCUGAGCCAGAUGUGGUGAUAGUCGGGGCUGGCGUUCUGGGAUCAGCAAUGGCGGCCGUUCUGGCGCGGGACGGUCGACGGGUGACAGUGGUGGAGAGGGAUCUGAAGGAGCCCGACAGGAUCGUGGGGGAGUUGCUGCAACCCGGAGGCUAUAGAGCGCUCAAAGAGUUGGGCCUGGAAGGCUCGGUGGAGGGUCUCGAUGCCCAUCUGGUGAACGGUUAUGUGAUCCAUGACAUAGAGAGCAGCACAGAAGUGGAGCUCCCCUACCCUCAGGAAGAGGACAACGUCCAGUGUGGACGUGCUUUCCAUCACGGGCGAUUCAUUAUGGGCCUGCGGCGAGCUGCGCAGGCUGAACCCAAUGUCACAUUUAUAGAAGGCACUGUGACCAGUUUAGAGGAAGAGGAUGGCUGUGUAACUGGAAUACAGUACAAAGAUAAACACACCGGGGACGUGAAGGAAGUGCAUGCAGCCUUGACAGUGGUGGCUGAUGGAUGCUUCUCCAAAUUCAGGAAGAGUCUGGUGUCUGGAAAAGCACACACUUCUUCUCACUUUGUUGGCUGCCUCAUGAAGGAUUGCCCCCAGUUUAAAGCCAACCAUGCGGAGCUGGUGCUGGCCAACCCGAGCCCUGUGCUCAUUUAUCAGAUCUCCUCCAGCCACACCAGAGUGCUUGUGGAUGUGAGGGGGGAGAUGCCACGUAACCUUCCACAAUAUUUGGCCGAGAAAGUACAGCCUCAGUUGCCAGAGCAUUUAAAGGAACCUUUCAUGGAAGCCCUACAGAACGACCGUGUCAGGUCCAUGCCUGCCAGCUUCCUCCCUCCCUCUCCUGUCAACAAGCCAGGUGUAUUGCUCCUUGGCGACGCCUACAACAUGAGGCACCCUCUGACUGGAGGAGGGAUGAGCGUGGCGCUCAAUGAUGUCCGCAUCUGGAGGAGCCUGCUGCAGAACAUUCCAGACCUGUGCGAAGACCGAGCACUGUUGCAGGCAAAGAAAACAUUUCACUGGGAGCGCAAGUCAUCACAUUCUUUUGUGGUGAACGUGUUGGCCCAGGCUUUGUACGAGCUGUUUGCAGCCACAGAUGAAUCACUGCACGAGCUGAGGAAAGCCUGCUUUCAGUAUUUCAAACUCGGAGGAGAGUGCAUCGCUGGACCAAUUGGACUCCUAUCAGUUUUGUCACCCAGACCAAUGAUCCUCAUUGGCCAUUUCUUCGCCGUGGCCUUGUACGCCAUCUACUUCAACUUCAAGUGCGAGCCCUGGAGCACCAAACACAGAGCCUUAUUUAAAAGCGGAGCAAUCCUCUUCCGAGCCUGCACGGUCAUGUUCCCCCUCAUCUACUCGGAGCUCAAGCACCUGGUGUACUGAACGGCACUCCCAUGGGUGCACAGGGACAAGACACAAUGUCACUGUUGAGCACUACUUUGCAAAAAAAAGUGGUACUUGUCAUACGUUUCUGUAUUGGACACUUUUUGUGAUUUUUGCACGAUGACUUUGCCUUUCAAUCUUCUUUUGGGGAAAAAAAAAAAUUCUUUCUUCAGACUGGACGUAGUAGAAGUACACUGUGGAUAUUGUGAACACACCCCUUUUAAAAUAAAAACCUCAAGUUCAGAUG